GACAGCGGAGCCGGGCUGGGGGCUCAGCGGGGUCCGGGGUCUGGGGGCAGCGAGCAGGGCGGCCCCAUGGCCGGGCCCCCCUGAGGCAGUCCGGGGGAGUCCCCUCCCCUCCCCAGCUCGGGGGUCUCUGGGCCCCAUGAGCCGGGGCGCGGGCGCGCUUCAGCGCCGGACAACGACCUACCUCAUCUCGCUGACCCUGGUCAAGCUCGAGUCGGUGCCUCCGCCACCGCCUUCUCCGUCUGUGGCCGCGGCCGGCGUCCCCGGGGCCAGAGGCUCCGAAACCGGGGAUCCUGGCAGCCCCCGAGGCGCGGAGGAGCCGGGCAAGAAGCGGCACGAGCGUCUCUUCCACCGGCAGGAUGCGCUGUGGAUCAGCACGAGCAGCGUGGGCGCGGGGGGCUCCGAGCCCCCCGCCCUGUCCCCGGCUCCGGCCAGUCCGGCCCGCCCAGUCUCCCCUGCUCCUGGCCGCCGCCUCUCCCUCUGGGCCGCCCCUCCCGGACCCCCGCUCUCCGGGGGGCUGAGCCCUGACCCCAAGCCCGGGGGCGCCUCCACCUCCUCCCGGCGCCCCCUACUCAGCAGCCCGAGCUGGGGGGGGCCGGAACCCGAAGGCCGGACAGGCGGCGGCGUCCCUGGCUCGUCCUCCCCGCACCCUGGCACCGGCAGCCGGAGGCUCAAGGUGGCGCCUCCCCCGCCGGCUCCCAAGCCUUGCAAGACUGUGACCACGAGUGGAGCCAAAGCCGGCGGGGGCAAGAGCGCGGGUAGCCGCCUGUCAUGGCCCGAAAGCGAGGGCAAGCCCAGGGUCAAGGGGUCAAAGAGCAGCGCCGGGACUGGAGCUUCUGCCUCUACCGCUGCUGCCACCGCCGUCGUCGCUGGGGGAGGAGGCGCUGCAGCUGCGACCUCUGGUGGGGUCGGGGCUGGGGCUGGAGCCCGAGGGAAACUGUCCCCUCGGAAAAGCAAGAGUAAGACCUUGGACAACAGUGACUUGCACCCGGGACCGACUGUCACCUCUCCUCCUCCGCUAACCGUCCCAGCAACUCUGACUCCAGCCGCUGCUGUCACUGCCGCCUCCGCGCAGCCCCCCGGGCCUGCACCUCCUAUCACUCUGGAACCCCCAGCUCCAGGGCUGAAACGGGGCCGGGAGGGGGGCCGAGCAUCCACUCGUGACCGCAAGAUGCUCAAGUUUAUCAGCGGCAUCUUCACCAAGAGCACAGGGGGGCCUCCUGGCUCCGGGCCCCUUCCGGGACCCACGGGCCUGUCUUCUGGCAGCGGGUCCAGGGAGCUGCUGGGCGCAGAGCUCCGUGCCUCCCCUAAGGCCGUGGUCAAUAGCCAGGAAUGGACUCUGAGUCGCUCCAUUCCUGAACUGCGCCUGGGUGUGCUGGGUGACGCCAGAAGUGGGAAGUCAUCGCUCAUCCACCGAUUCCUGACUGGUUCAUAUGAGGUGCUGGAGAAGACAGAGAGUGAGCAGUACAAGAAAGAGAUGUUGGUUGAUGGACAGACUCAUCUGGUGCUAAUCCGAGAAGAAGCUGGGGCACCUGAUGCCAAGUUCUCAGGCUGGGCAGACGCGGUGAUCUUCGUCUUCAGCCUGGAGGAUGAGAACAGUUUCCAGGCUGUGAGCCGUCUCCAUGGGCAGCUGAGUUCCCUUCGGGGGGAGGGACGAGGAGGACUGGCCCUGGCAUUGGUGGGGACACAAGACAGGAUCAGUGCUUCCUCCCCUCGGGUGGUGGGCGAUGCUCGUGCCCGGGCUCUGUGCACGGAAAUGAAACGCUGCAGCUACUAUGAGACUUGUGCAACCUAUGGGCUCAAUGUGGAUCGGGUCUUCCAGGAGGUGGCCCAGAAGGUAGUGACCUUACGCAAACAGCAACAGCUUCUGGCUGCCUGCAAGUCCCUGCCCAGCUCCCCAAGCCACUCAGCUGCGUCCACCCCUGUAGCUGGGCAGGCCAGUAACGGGGGCCACACUAGCGACUACUCUUCUUCCCUCCCAUCCUCACCCAAUGUCGGUCACCGGGAGCUCCGAGCUGAGGCAGGUGCAGUGGCCGGAUUGAGCACCCCCGGGUCCCUGCACCGAGCAGCCAAGCGCAGGACCAGCCUUUUUGCGAAUCGUCGGGGUAGUGACUCUGAGAAACGGAGCUUGGACAGUCGGGGAGAGACAACAGGGAGCGGGCGAGCCAUCCCCAUCAAACAAAGCUUCCUACUAAAGCGAAGUGGCAAUUCCUUGAACAAAGAGUGGAAGAAGAAAUACGUGACCCUGUCUAGUAAUGGCUUCCUACUCUACCACCCCAGCAUUAACGAUUACAUCCACAGUACCCAUGGCAAGGAGAUGGACUUGCUACGAACAACAGUCAAAGUCCCCGGCAAGCGGCCCCCGAGGGCCAUCUCUGCUUUUGGCCCUUCAGCCAGCAUUAACGGGCUGGUCAAGGACAUGAGCACUGUCCAGAUGGGUGAAGGCCCUGACGCUACGACUCCCAUGCCAAGCCCAAGCCCCAGCCCCAGUUCCCUGCAGCCACCACCAGACCAGACAUCCAAGCACCUGCUGAAGCCAGACCGGAAUUUGGCCCGAGCCCUCAGCACCGACUGCACCCCAUCUGGAGACCUGAGCCCCCUGAGUCGGGAACCCCCUCCUUCUCCCAUGGUGAAGAAGCAGAGGAGGAAAAAACUGACAACACCAUCCAAGACCGAAGGCUCGGCUGGGCAGGCUGAAGAGGAAAACUUCGAGUUCCUGAUCGUGUCCAGCACUGGUCAGACGUGGCAUUUUGAGGCAGCCAGUUUUGAGGAGCGGGAUGCUUGGGUCCAGGCCAUCGAGAGUCAGAUCCUAGCCAGUCUGCAAUGCUGUGAGAGCAGCAAGGUCAAGCUGCGCACAGACAGCCAAAGUGAAGCCGUGGCCAUCCAGGCGAUCCGGAACGCCAAGGGGAACUCUAUCUGUGUGGACUGUGGGGCCCCCAACCCCACGUGGGCCAGCUUGAACCUGGGCGCACUCAUAUGCAUCGAGUGUUCGGGCAUCCACCGCAACCUGGGCACACACCUGUCCCGUGUUCGCUCGCUGGACUUAGACGACUGGCCGCGGGAGCUGACCCUGGUGCUGACGGCCAUUGGCAACGAUAUGGCCAACCGCGUAUGGGAGAGCGACACGCGGGGCCGCACCAAGCCCACGCGGGACUCUUCGCGGGAGGAGCGUGAGUCGUGGAUUCGCGCCAAGUAUGAGCAGCUGAUGUUCCUGGCGCCACUGGGCACCACCGAGGAGCCCCUGGGCCGCCAGCUGUGGGCCGCGGUGCAGGCCCAGGACGUGGCCACCGUUCUCCUGCUUCUGGCCCAUGCGCGACACGGGCCACUUGACACCAGCGUGGAAGACCCGCAGCUCCGCUCCCCACUGCACCUGGCGGCUGAGCUCGCCCACGUUGUCAUCACGCAACUGCUGCUGUGGUACGGCGCGGACGUGGCGGCCCGUGACGCGCAGGGCCGCACGGCGCUGUUCUACGCCCGCCAGGCUGGAAGCCAGCUGUGCGCCGACAUCCUUCUCCAGCACGGCUGCCCGGGCGAGGGCGGCAGCGCGGCCACCACCCCCAGCGCGGCCACCACCCCCAGCAUUACCGCCACGCCCAGCCCCCGCCGCCGGAGCAGCGCCGCCAGCGUGGGCCGCGCCGACGCCCCGGUUGCGCUGGUAUAGUUGCCCACCGGGAGAGACACCCCCACCCUCACGCGUGCCGGGCACGACCACACCGGGUGGACCGCUGGACAGAUGUACCCACCCACCUCUCCAAUCCGCACCCUGCCCCACGGGAGCACUUCCUACCCCCACGAGGACACAGCCCCCACGCCUCCCAGAAGACACAAACUCACCUCCCUUUCCCCCAUGAGGCACGGAGACCCCAGCUCAACACGUCCCCUGUCCACUGUUCCACA